AUCGUCUCCUCUUCUAUUGCCUUCGCAGCUGUUUCAACAUGAUAUGCAGCUUAUCCCUUUAUCGGUCCAGUCCCCUCUUGCGCCCACACUCGGUUGACUAAGAUCUCCCUCACAUUGGCUGGACGGCUGCCAAACCCAAGAAGCGGAAAUGCUCAUCAGAUAUGGUAGGCGUUCCUGGAAAAAGCAAGGGCUGUAGUACUUGUCGGCGCCGCAAAAAAGGUUGUGAUCAAAAACGCCCGAUAUGCGGUCAAUGUGCGGCCAGUGGAUACGUUUGCGGAGGCUACAAACGCGACAGAACGUUCAUCCUCCACCCUGCGAGUAAAGAAGUCGAAAAAGCCGUCUUCCUCCCGUAUGCGAAAUCCAUUGUUGCUUCUCUGCCAGGCUCCCUCAAUCAGACAGCAGUCCAAUCACAAUGUCGGAAUUUAUUCUGGGAUCUCUACAUGCCGCAGGGCGACUGCGCCUGUCGCGACGCUUUCUUGCUUUCGUGCGGAAAUCCCAUGAACUGGGCGGAAAUCAUACAACAGGUUACGAAGCAGGAUCACUCUCUCGAGGAGGCAUUUUCGGCUUUGACUAUAUCAAGAGUUGGCCAAGCAAAUAAAGAUCUCCGUCUUGUCUACGAGAGCAGUAAGAUAUAUGGCAAGGCAUUGAAAGAAUUGCAAGAGGCUCUAUUCGACCCUAAGCGAAUGUAUUCCGAUCACAUUCUCAUGGCCUGCAUGUUGCUUGGAUUGUACGAGGUCUUCGAAGGUCCAGCAUUUCAAUCCCGAAGUUGGGUCGCACAUGCCUCAGGAGCAGCUCGACUUGUCGAGCUUCGGGGUCCUGAACGACAUCAGCAUUGGGAUGCUCAUCAUCCAUUUCUCGCUUCCAGAAUUCCUACAGUAUAUGCUGCCAUCCUGCAGAGGAAGUCGACUUACUUGGCCACCGAGGAAUGGCUUACCAUACCUUGGGCUAAAGUGAAACAUCGAACUUAUUUCGACCGUUUGACCGAUACCACAACUCUCGUCCCCGGUCUCCUGGAGAAAUUCGACAUUCUCCGAGAAAGUGACUCCGAUAUUGGAGAAGAGCUCAUAGAGCUAUUGAACGAUUGCAAGACUGUACAAACGCGAAUGGACCAAUGGAGAGAUGGCACAAAGAAAGGAGCUACGCCUCGCGUGCAAAAACACGAUCCCAAUGAUCCGGACGGGUAUCCUUUCGAAACCGACCUUUGGUUCGAAAACCAUCUAUUCGUCCAUGCUCGUGUGGUGUAUUAUGCUUGCUCUCUAACACUGGCUGAACUUGCCGAUGAUGUUGUGCAGGCUGUUGAGCUGCGAAACCACAAGUUGCCGGACUCUAUCAAGCCUACUACUCUAAGUGAUGUCCUCAACGCAGAACGAUACGCUUCGAAUAUAUGCCGCACGGUGCCAUACUGUCUACGACCCGAUAUGGGAGCUUGGGGUGCUAAUAUCAUCAAUUUUCCUGCGAAUCUUGCCUACUUCUAUUAUCAAAGAAUUGGCCGGACCGAAGCCACUCGGUGGCUUGAAAAGGCUUUCGAAAACGUAAAGCGCAGGGGUGUCCAUGCAGAAAAUAUUUUUACGGAGUUGUUGUUAAACAUCAAAGACAAAGAGGAGCCGAACUUCCACUUGAAGCGGGAGUCCAGUGCAGACACCAGUGAUUCCACACAAUCACCAAGGUCAACUCAGAGCUUGUCGAGCACGACCACGGUUUUCAUUUACGAGGAUCCCUCGAAAGCAUAUUACGACGCGACCAACGACCCAGGCUGAAAGCCAAGCGGAAACCAGAGUUUCACACAAGAAUCACGACUUCCAGAUUUGCUAUUAGGCUAGCCACAUCAUCGAGCUCGGACUCGCCCCGAGCUGCAGUCUCAAGCGACCGGAGCAACUAAGCGACAACAUGACGAAUCGUCUAGAGCCUCGAGAUACGCGGGACCACCUGCGGGAGGUGCUUGAAAAAGCGUCAUCUUGAGGCAGGUCGCUGUCAGACCAAUAUCGAGAUGUUGAAGGUCGAGAAUCAGGUUGCAGACUUCCAAAUCCAUCACAGACUAGGAGGAGGACCAACGGUCUCGCUCUCAGCGUAGACUGAUGUCCCUUACACGGUGUCCGAGUCGGCAAUCCUAUAUCGACAAUGGAGCCGCGAAGAUUGAUUCUCGCCGCCGCCGACGGUAGUACCCAAGGACUGUCGCCCGGAUGAGACUGCUAUCCGAGGCCAUCGUAGUUGUCUGGUCCAGCCGUUCAAGAUCGACUGUCUUACCGUCCGCCUGUGAGUCAGUCAGUACCAAAUUUUCAACACAAAGGAUAGACCCAUGAAAGGCUCCGAGCUAUAAGUUCGAGGUUCAACGGUUGGAUUGAAAUUGGUUAGUGAAGAGCGCUGGACUCCAUCAUAGUGGCAUACAACCGUGUCGUCACCUGAGAAGGAGACUCCUGUUCGCGCAUGCACCUGUACCAUCUGGUCAGGCUUUAAGUCAGCUCUGCACAUAUCAUGUAAGACUAAAUACGAAAGGGAACACAAGGAUGCGAACGAACGGAUGUUCAUAGCUUCAGCAUCAACAUCAGCUUCAAUGCCUACAUAAUGUAAACACCC